CGGUGCCGCGGGGAAGCCGUACGUGAGCCGGGAGCAGCUGCGGGAUUUCGUCAAUUCCCGGCAGAGAGACCCCAGACUCAACGAGAUUCUGUUCCCCCCGCUCGGCCCCGACGGCGCCCAGGCCCUGAUCGAGCGCUACGAGCCCAGCCCAACCUUCCGCCAGCGCGGCCAGCUGUCCCUGGAGGGUUUCUGCCGGUACCUGGGUGGGGACGAGAACGGGAUCGUCCCCCCCGAGACGCUGCAGCUGCACCAGGACAUGAGCCAGCCCCUGAGCAGCUACUUCAUCAACUCCUCGCACAACACCUACCUGACAGCGGGACAGCUGACGGGGCUGUCGUCGGCCGAGAUGUACCGGCAGGUUCUGCUGAGCGGCUGUCGCUGCGUGGAGCUCGACUGUUGGCAGGGCCGGCCGCCUGACGAGGAGCCGCUGGUCACCCACGGCUUCACCAUGACCACCGAGGUGCCCUUCAAG